CAGCCAGUUCACUCUUGUGCCAACUUAGAGAUAUAGCAGACUCCCACAAAUGGCAUCACUUCUCAAAAUUCUCGGUGUGCUCUCGGCUUUGGUGACAUCUGGAUACUCGCUCUCUUGUACGAAGUGUUCUUCUUCUAUAUCGGACUCAUGUACCGGCCCCAGUGAGACUUGUCCUUCUGGCUCUCUGUGUGGAGCUGGAUACGCAGAAAGCUGGGCUCUGGGUAUCCGUGUUUCAAAAUCAUACACAAUGUCAUGUGUACCUCAGGACAAGUGUGACAAGACAGGAAGUAUGAGCCUUCCUAACAAUGUAAGAAUGAAGAUGGGUACAACCUGCUGUAAAACUGAUCAAUGCACCCCGACUUUUCCUUCCCUGCCAAGGGACAGCUCCGGAUCCAAUGGAUUGACGUGUCGAUCCUGCAUAUCUGAUUCCACCUGGUGUUACACUUCAGAUACGAUGCAGUGUACGGGGGAUGAGAACAUGUGUCUUCUCCAGACCACAAAAGUAUCAGGACCGAAACCAGCAUCAAUAGCAAUGCGUGGUUGUGCCACAAAAAGCAUCUGCAAUCUUGGCAGCGAAUCCAGUAGUGCCGAAGGAGUGUCCAUGGAGGUUAAAUUUAUCUGCACUAGUGGAAGUAUUGGUCUCCAAAAAGGCUUCUACCUCCCGGCUGUGAUUUGUAUUUUGUUGUUAAAGUUAUUGAUCUGGAAUGACUAAAAAAUGGUCCCUAGAGUAGAUACAGAAACAAAAAGAUUUAUGGGGCAGACAGAUUUCUUUUUUAAACCUUCAGUCAGUAGUUACAUUUUUUUUUAAAUGACCCUUUUUAUGAUAACCACAAUACAUAAUGCUUUGCUGAACACAGUAUAAAUUAAAAAUAUUAGAGGUAUUAGAUUGAUUUUAUUUUCAUGUUUUUUUUUUUCAUUGUAAUUAGGGUUGCACCGAUGCCGAUACCAAGCAUUUGCAUGAGUAUCGGUACCCGUGCAAAUGCUCCGAUGCCUAAUCUGAUACCUGUUGGGCAUCCUCAAGCUCAGCAGGGGAGCCAGGCAGCCUCUAAG